GUCUCUCUCACCCGUUCUCAACAACAUUACGCGGACUUGAUUUUUCCCUUUUGUCGAAAAUGGGUGACAAUGAAGACUCCAACAACAAUAUUGACAUGAUGCAAAGGCUUCAAUCCUCAUUCGGAACGACGUCGUCUUCGUCUUCUUCGUUCCUCAAACAGACUCUUACCAUGGAGCAGCUCACAAUACCCCAAUUCCAACAAAUGCGUGCUAAUAACAAUAAUCAGCAACAACAUUUCUACGGUGGAGAUGGAAUGAAGCGUGCGGGUAUACCACCGUCUCACCCGCACCAGAUCCCGCCCAUUUCCCCAUACUCUCAGAUCCCGCGCUCCACACUCACUCACCACCAAAUGGGUUCACCUACACCCACCCACACCCGAUCCCUAUCCCAACCAUCGUUCUUCUCACUCGACUCUCUCCCACCGCUAAGCCCCUCUCCCUUCCGCGGCGCUGACUCCUCAACUUCAAUCUCCGACCAAGCCUCCGCUGACGUCUCCAUGGAAGAUCGUGACGUCAGCAGCCACCAACAGCAACAGCAACAACACUCUCUCCUCCCUCCGUCUUCGCCUUUCUCAUCUGCCCGGGGCACCGGCAACCCUCUGCCCCCUCCUCGGAAAACGCACCGUCGCUCCAACAGCGAUAUACCGUUUGGAUUCUCCACCAUUUUGCAGUCGUCGCCGCCGCUGAUUCCGUUGAAGAAGCCUGCGCAGCUUGUUAAGAAGGAAUCUGGUUCCUGGAGUAGCGCUGAUCCCAAUGCGGAGGGAUCAGGGGAGAAGAAGCUCUCCCCUGAAGGUGAAGUAGUUGAUGAUCUUUUCUCUGCUUACAUGAACUUGGAUAGCAUCAAUGACGCGUUUAACAAUAAUUCAUCUGAUGAGAAGAACGGUAACGAGAUUAUUAUAAAUAAUAACAAUAGUAAUCGUGAUGAUUUGGAUAGUAGAGCUAGUGGAACCAAGACUAGUAACAACAAUGGUGGUGGGGAUAGUAGUGAUAAUGAAGCUGAGAGUAGCGGCAACUCAAUGAUGAGUCAGAGUUGUGGGGAGAAGAGGGAUGGCGUUAAGAAGAGGAGUGCUGCUGGUGAGGUUGUUGGCGGCGUCGCUCCCACGAGCCGCCACUAUAGGAGUGUGUCUAUGGAUAGUUUCAUUGGCAAGUUGAAUUUCAAUGAUGAGUCGCCAAGGUUGCCGCCAUCGCCUGGGUCUGCUCGGCCGCCUUCCUCAAAUGGAAUCGAUGGGAACACCGGUGCUUUCAGCUUGGAGUUUGGGAAUGGUGAGUUUAGUGGCCCUGAGUUGAAGAAGAUCAUGGCCAAUGAGAAGCUUGCUGAGAUUGCUAUGAUGGAUCCUAAGCGUGCAAAGAGGAUUCUGGCAAAUCGGCAGUCAGCUGCACGAUCCAAAGAAAGGAAGAUGCGAUACAUUUCUGAGCUGGAACAUAAGGUCCAGACCCUACAAACUGAGGCCACCACACUCUCUGCACAGCUUACUCUGUUGCAGAGGGAUUCUGUUGGACUCACUAACCAAAAUAGUGAGCUCAAAUUUCGCCUUCAAUCCAUGGAACAACAGGCAAAACUCCGAGAUGCUCUAAACGAGGCUCUCACUGCCGAGGUUCAACGACUAAAGCUCGCUACGGCUGAGCUGAACGGGGAGUCACACUCAUCCGGUUGCUUGAUUCCGCAACAUUCUGUCAACCCUCUGAUGUUUCAGCAGCAGCAGCAGGCUUCUACUGCAUCUCAACAAAACAUUCAUCUUCAACAACAACAGCGGCAGAAUGGUAAUACCAACUCACAAACCGAUCUAAAACACUAAUAACCUUCCGAAGGAUGAUGCUGUUACAUUGCACUUGGUUCCGAUUCUCCAGAAAAGUUUUUCUUAGUUGCAACUUGCAAAUUGCAAUCGUCUUAAGUUUUAUUCCCAUUGUCUGUCCAACUCGGACAGUAGUUUUUAGUUCAUAUAUAUACAGGUCCUAAUUCCUGUUUUAUAUUUAAAUUAUACCUUAUAUUUAAUAUUUAAUUUCAGUAUAUAUAUAUAAUAUAAUAUUGAAUUGUAGCAUUAUUUGGUCAUGAUUUGUUUUGAUGAUGAAGUCUAGGGGGGAAAAAUACUGUUCAAACUUCCUUUUGUAAAUAAUGACCAUUCUAUCAUGGUUCCGUGCAUUGAUUCUUUGCCCAAUUGCUUGUGUUUAGGGUGUUUUGGUUGACCAAAUGCAAGUGUUCAUUACUUUA